UCUUUCGCACCUGAAGAGCAGCCCCGCCUGCAGCGCCGCGGAGCUCCCCCUCCCGAUGCCUCCCCCGCCUCUCGGGCCCGCCAGCGCCCCCGGGCCCAGCUGGGGAGGGUCCCGCUGCAGCCCCGCCUGCAGCCGCCGCCUCCUCCUCCUCCUCCGCCGCCUCGCCCGAGCCAGCUCGGGCUGCGGCUCCUGCUCCUGCCGGGCGUAAACAAGCCGGAGCCCCGCGCACCUGCGGCCGCCAAGAGCGGCGCCCCGAGCCAGAUGAUGGCGAUUUGUUCAACGUCCUCCUCCAGAUAGGACAAAUGCCUCGGUCGAAAGAGGCUAAUGAGCUCGCCGGCCACUCCUGAAGAAGCAGGUGGAGGCAGACCAUCACCCAGCCUCUAUGCUUCCAGCUUUGCACCCGAACUCAGAGACGGGCCCUGCCUUGGGUAGCAACGCGACAUAAGAGGGGACGAUGUAUACUUUCCUGCCGGAGAACUUCACUCCGGUGAAGCAGAAGCCAUCCAAAGAGCUGAGGCCCAUGAUUGGCGCCAUCGUGGUGGGCCUCGUUUUGUUCAUUGCCGCCAUCGUGGCGUGGUGCUACUAUGUGGCGUCCCUUCGGAAGGCAGAGAGGCUUAAGACGGCAGAGAUGGAUUUGCGGCAAGAUGGAUUCACCAUCAAGAACCAGAACGGCGAGCUGGUCUUCCAGGUGGCCUUCCAGUCGGGGCUUCUGGACCUGGAGUCCUGCUCCAGGGAGGGGGCCAAUUUAACCUGCACCCAGACCGACAAAGGGAGAGUCAACUUCUUCAUCAAGAUCGUCAACCCCAAGGACACCGUGAUCUGCUACCGCGUGCGCUGGGAAGAGUUCGUGGCGGACACGGUGGUGGAACAUAAAAUGUUCUGGGGUGAUGCCUUCUGGUACGGAGGCUGUGAGAUGAGUGUCCAGCAUUGGCCGAUCAAGCUGCCCGGAUACCAGGAGCCCAUGCCUUUUGUGACCAGCGACGUCAAUUCUUUAAGGAACAGCUUUGGAGGCAUCUUAGAGAGAUACUGGUUGUCUUCCAAAGCUGCAGCCAUCAAGAUCAACGAUUCGGUGCCCUUCCACCUUGGCUUCAACGCCACGGAGCCCUCCCUUGUCUUCCAAGCCAGGUAUAAAGACUCGCCGUACAAGCCUCCAUUGGGCCAGCCGCCUUUUCCUGAGCUGAGUUACCGUGUCUGCAUCGGUUCCGACGUCACCUCCAUCCACAAAUACAUGGUGCGGAAGUACUUCUACAAGCCCUCCAAGAUACCUUCGAGGAACGCCUUCAGGUACCCCAUCUGGUCCACCUGGGCCUUGUACAAGAACGACAUUGACCAGGAGAAACUCCUGCGCUUUGCCGAAAACAUCAAGAAGUACAAGUUCAACUGCAGCCACAUCGAGAUCGACGACACCUACACCCAGGCGUACGGAGACUUCGACUUCGACGUGGCCAAGUUCCCCAACAUGACGGGAACCUUCAAGAAACUCCGAGAGGACGGUUUUCAGAUCACCCUCUGGACCCACCCGUUCAUCAAUUACAAUUCCUCGAAUUUUGGGGUGGGGAUAGAGAAACAGCUGUUCAUCAAGGAACCCACCGGACGGCUGCCCGCCAUGGUGGAGUGGUGGAACGGCAUCGGCGCCAUCUUGGAUUUCACCAACCCUGCCGCCCGAGAUUGGUUCCAGAGCCAGCUGAGACAGCUCCGCAAUAAAUACGGCAUCUCCUCCUUUAAAUUCGAUGCUGGGGAGACCAGCUACCUCCCCAAACAGUUUAGCACCUUCCGACCUUUGUCGGACCCCAGUGUCUGGUCCAGGCGCUACACAGAAAUGGCCAUCCCGUUUUACGAACUGGCGGAGGUCAGGGUGGGCUACCAAUCCCAGAACAUCUCGUGUUUCUUCAGGAUCAUUGACCGGGAUUCCGUGUGGGGCUACGAACUUGGCCUGAAGUCCUUAAUCCCCACCGUCCUGACCAUCAGCAUGUUGGGGUACCCGUUUAUAUCGGCCGACAUGAUCGGAGGGAAUUUCUUCCCCAACAAAACCGACGGGGCUUUGGAAAUCCCGGAUCGGGAACUCUACAUCCGUUGGCUGGAGCUGUCCGCCUUCAUGCCGUCCAUGCAGUUCUCCAUCCCGCCUUGGCUGUACGACAAGGAGGUCGUCGAAAUCGCCCUGAAGUUCACCAAGCUUCACGAGUCCUUGGUGGCCCCUCUUUUGCUGGAGCUGGCCGGGGAGAUCACCACCACGGGGGAUCCCAUCAUACGGCCCAUCUGGUGGAUCUCUCCCGGGGACGAGUCUGCUCACAAGAUCGAUUCCCAGUUUCUCAUCGGGGACACCUUGAUGGUGGCUCCUGUCUUGGAGAUGGGAAAACAGGAACGGGACAUUUACAUCCCGGCGGGCAAAUGGCGGAGUUACAAAGGAGAGCUGUUUGAGAAGACUCCCACGCUGGUCACGGACUACCCCGUGGAUCUGGAUGAGGUGGCCUACUUUGUCUGGGUCUCCUAAGCCGCCUCCGUGGACGUGUGUAAAAGAGACACCUUGCCUUAUUCUCAUCCUCCUAACCCGAAAUAAUUCUAAUCGGUUCAGAAGGUCGAAAGGGAAAACACGAUUGCCCGCUAAUUCUUCCAAUCGAAACUGAACGACGGGCGUGCAAUUAAACAGGCUGCCAAAAGACAAAUAAAGGUAGUCCUCGACUUACAACCACCAUUGAGCCCGAAAUUUAUGUCACUAAACGAGACAGUUUAGUGUUAAGUGAGCUUUGCCCCAAUUCACGACAUUUCUCGGGUCGGUGGUUAAGCGAAUCACUGCCAUCCGUUAAUAGCGGUUGUUAAGGUGAAUCCAGCUUUGCUGUUGCUUGUCAGAAGGUCGCAAAAGGGAUACAGCAACGGUCAUAAGUACGUGCCAGUUGCCAAGCCUCCGAACUUUUAUCCCGCGCCUGUGGGAAUGCUGCAACAGUGAUCAAUGUGAAAAAACCGUCCUAACCACUUUUUUCAGUGCUGUCAAAACUUUGAAAGGUCGCUAAGGGAAUUGUUGUAAGUCGAGGACUACCUGUAUUGUCACCAAAUUUGCACAGAGCAGCAAAAGGCCUCGCUUGGAGGCUGGGAAUCGUGGUUUCUGAAUUGUGUGUGUGUGUGUGUGUGUGUGUUUAUUUGCACUGAACCGGUUGUCUUCCGUUUUCUUCAAAGGUGGGUCUUGUAAGGCCGAAAUCCUUGAGUAAUUGAUCAAUCCUUUCACCUUCAAGCGUUUCUGGAUGGUUUUAACACCAGGAAUUGGGGGAAAAAAAGAGGAGGAAUUUAACUCUUAAGCUGCCGAGAAUUUUUUUUAAAGAGCAGCGAAAGGAAGCGUUGGGAAAAUGUGCAAGAAGGACAGCUCAACUAGGAUGAACCGUAUUGUUGUUUUUAAUUGGGAAGGCAUCUAAUUAUUGCUCCAGCCAAGUCUAUCUAACCGGAGGGAGUGGUUAAAGAAAAAAAUAAGGAACAGUGGGGGAAGUCACACAUACAUGAUCAAAAACCCCUCGUGUCACACAUAACAACACAGGUAAUCCUCGACUUAAGGGUCCCAAUUGAGUCCCAAAA